AUGUUGAAGUUCAUAUUCGGGAAGCGGUUUGCUUCCACGGGGUCAUAUCCUGGUUCUUCAAGAAUCACUUUACCAAGAAGGCCUGCAAAAAAAAUUCAUCUGGGGAAAUCUCGACCGGCCAUUUAUCACCAAUUCGAUGUUAAAAUGGAGUUGAGUGAUGGGAGUGUAGUUGUUCGCAGGUCACAGUAUCCAAAGAGCGAGAUUAGAUUGAUUCAAGACCAAAGAAACAACCCAUUAUGGAACCCUAGUAGAGAUGAUCUGGUGAUCGUGGAUGCUAAUUCUGGUGGUAGUCUGGAUAAAUUCAAAAAGAGGUACAGUUCUAUGUUUUCCGUAGAUACAGCAUCUGCUGGUUCUGGUUCUGGAGAGCCUAACGUUCCCGAAGGGAGUGAAAAAGAAGCACAAGUUAAAAAGGAAGAGGAAAAGGAAGUUGUUGAAGAAGCAUUUGGUAUGGAUGACUACCUAUCGCUACUAGACGAUGGUGAACAACAGAUUAAGUCAGGUAAAUUGGCCAAUAAGAAGAAAGAUAAGAAAUAA